AUGAACGGCGUUACAAUGAUGGAUGAAAACGAUGUCGAUAUUAAGAGCCCGAUACGACGAUUGGGUUCAACGAGAAAGCUGAACCUGUUCAAUAAUAUCAGGCAACAGCUAAACGAGCAGCUUAAAUUUCUCGAUGUUCGAGUGGAAGCACAAAUUGCGCUCGUGCAAGAACUUCAAGACUUUUUCCGAAGGCGAGGUGAGGUGGAAUUAGACUACAGUAAAAGCUUAGAUAAGCUCGCAAAAAGUUUGCAGUUGAGACAUAAAGAGCAACGCCAAAAACGCGAGCAAUGGCCGAUGUUCUCAUCGUACUCUUGCUGGCAACAGCUUCUCAAUCAGACCAAAUCAUUGUCCAGAGAUCAUGCCGCCAUGUCAGAAAUUUAUUCGACCCAUUUAGUUGCUCGCUUGCAGACAGUCUGGGACGAUGUUCAACGUAUAUACAGAAAGUGUCGGGAGAUUGGCUUUGAAACGCAUGUCGAAAUAUUGCGAAUAUUGCAGGAACUGCAUACGAAUAUGAAAACAUACCAUACAUUGCAAACAGAAGCAAAAGAGGCAGAAAAGAAGUUGCGUUUGGCUGAGAACCAACGAAUGAAACUACAACAAAGCGUACCGAAAGAAAAACUGGAUCGUAGCAAAAAGUAUCGUCUGAUUGAAAAGGAGGUGCUGAAACGAAAAAACAAAUACACUGACGCAAGACUGAAGGCGCUGAAGGCAAAAAAUGAAUAUCAGCUGUGCCUCGAAGCUUCAAACACGACGAUUCAUAAAUAUUUCGUCGAAGACUUGAGCGAUCUAAUUGAUUGCAUGGAUCUUGGAUUUCACUCGGUUGUUUCCCGUGCACUUUUGAUGCAUGUGUCUGCUGAUCAAGGCCGAUGCCGAGCGGUGCUGCAUAACGCGGAAACGCUAUCACACAUCGUUAACUCCAUGGAUAGUCGGGCUGAUAAACAAAAGUUCCUUGAACAGCACAGUGCCGCUUUUAUGAUUCCCAAGCGGUUGGAGUUUCAGGGCCAGGAAGAAGAUGUAGAACCGGAGCUACAGAAGGCUUUACAUCAAGAAAUGGAGUCGCGUUUGCUGCAGCUGGAACAACGCGUCAAUAAUCUACGCAUGGAAUCGGAGGAAAUCUGGAAAACUCUCGAAACAGCAGAGAUAAAUCUGUUGGACAUACUCAAUACGAAAGAUUACGAUUGCACCGGCGCUUUUGGUGAUGGUGGAAUUGGCUUCCAAAAACCCGAGAACACUUCAGUAAAAUUACGAUCAGACAAGAACGAAAUCGAAGAGUUUUAUAUUACGAAAAUUCGAGAAUAUAUUCUCGCCACAUCAAGAAUAGCUAGACUAGACUCGAAAGCGGAAUACUUGCGGAACGCUUUAGCGAAAGAUUCUGCCAUCAAAACAGACACACUAACGAAAUCGAACGUUCCGAAGCGAAAGCGCAUCGGGCGUAUGAACAAGUCGGGUCGACCUAAGCUCUUUGGAGGGUCACUGGAGGAAUAUCUGGAAGUUUCUGGCGAGGAAAUUCCACUCAUAGUGCGAAGUUGCAUACGAGUAAUUAAUCUCUAUGGAUUACAUCAUCAAGGCAUAUUCCGGGUUUCAGGAUCUCAAGUAGAAAUAAGUAAUUUUAAGGAGGCUUUUGAACGAGGUGACGAUCCGUUGGCUGAAAUGACCGAUGCUUCCGACAUAAACUCAGUGGCGGGUGUAUUGAAGCUCUAUUUACGCGAAUUGCGAGAGCCCAUUUUUCCGCUAAUUUACUUUGAUCAUUUCGUUCAGCUAGCACAACUAGAAUCCAAGCAUGACAUCGUAUCCGGUAUACGAAAAUUCUUCCAAAGCCUACCAAAGUCUGUUGUGGUCGUCAUUCGAUAUCUUUUUGCCUUUUUAAAUCACCUUUCCGAAUAUUCUGAUGAAAAUAUGAUGGACGCUUAUAAUCUAGCGAUUUGCUUUGGACCAACCUUAAUGCCUGCGCCUGAAGAUAAAGAUCAAGUCCAGUAUCAAAAUCAAGUAAAUGAACUGAUAAAGAACAUCAUUGUCCACCAUGCCGAACUAUUCCCGAAGGAUCUGGGAGGAAUGCAAUAUGAAAAGUUUAUAACCUCAGAGACCUUCGAAGAUAUUGACGUAGGUGAUUCGCCUACGGAACAAGUAUCUGAAGAUCCUGACUCAGAGGUUUAUCCGUCAGAAGACGAGUCGGACACAUUUGAAGCAAUCGUACAAUUUGACUUCAAUGCACGAUCUGAGAGAGAACUUUCGCUGCGAAAAGGAGAUACUGUGAUGCUGUUCAAUCAGGUUUCCAACGAUUGGUGGCGAGGAUCAGUAAAUGGUAAAACUGGACUCAUUCCCGACAAGUACAUAUCGCUAAAAAUCAAGGAUGAAGAACGCGAUAAAAGUGAACACUUGAAAUCUUCUAGCUCAGAGGAAUCCGUCCGGAAACGUCGUCCAAGCGGAAACAUUUCUCUCAAUAGCCAACUAUCCAUUUGUACGCAGAAUUCCAAUACUCUCUCAAACAUAACGUGUGGUAGUGAUUACACCACAUCGACGAUAAGCGCUACAACGGCAUCUGGAGGUGGUCAUACUGCGCUUGGAAAUACAGUAGCAGGAAGCACAUCCACAGCCAGUGGAGCUGGUGGAUCUGUUUCUCUUCAAGCAUCAUUGGCAUCUCCUGGACAUCCGCAGUAUCACACGAUUCAACAACCCUCGCAGGUGGCUUCUGCUGUUCAUCAAUCAGCAUCAUCGCAACCAUCAUUACAGCAGCAACAACAACAGGUUGCCAUAGUAACACAUCAGCCACCGCUACCGUCCGCCCAUCAUCCACCUCCAGUGAUUGGAGAAAAGUUGAGCAGCGAUUUAAAGGAUCCCGACUUUAUCCACUACGAUAGUGUGGAUCACUUGAAAGCAUCACCGUACAACUACCAUGACGAACCGCAUUCCUUCGAAAACUCCUUCGAGUUCGUCGAAGACAUGACACUCUUCACAUAUGAGACUUCCAAGCCAUCUGAACCGAUCUACGCCGAACCGACGAAGAUUAAUGUCAAUCGUGAGAAAUCUCCAGCAGCCGAUAGUGGUACGAGCAGCAAUAGUAACGACGAAGAAUCAGACAACGUGGAAUUCCGUCCCAGACUUGGUGGAAUGGGAGAUCCACCGGAACAUAGUAAAUCGACUUUGGGUCUAAAUCGUCGAAGUGAAUCGUCGACCUUAUCUAUAAGCAAAGGCACAGGUGCUGAGAGCAAACCAUCGGCAUCUGACGACCAGUCCGAUCAAUCAAAACCGAUGCGCAAAUAUCACUCUAAGAGCUUCAGCUUGUCGGAAAACAAACUAUCUCUCGCUGCGGCCGGCAGUGGGUCGGCAACGUUAAACGUGUUCCAGCAAAAUCGCGAUUUAUGGCAAAAGCGAGCAACACAGAGCUCAUACCAAAAUCUGACGACAUCUCGCAUUCUCAGCCGAAAUCGUAUAGCACCAGAUUUAGUGAUGGAUUUACCCCUCUCGGCCAUAAACAAGGAAACUACGCAUGCUUCCCGGGAAUCGCUCGAUACCGAGCUAGAAGAUAUGACUUCAGCCGAACGUUUUGCAGCCCAAAACCAGUGUACGUUGAAGAAAAAUGAACGGUUUUCAAACGAGCCACCAGUUUACGAGAACAAUGUGGUGAAAAAGGAGGUAAAGUUGGACAUCAAAGGGACAACUGCUCUAGAUAAACCGAAGGCCGAGGUUAAACCGCAGGAAAUCAGUAUUAAAAAUUCCAAUAGCUCUGCCAUUCCGAUCUCUGCGCUAGUGGUGGAAGUUCCGAAGAUUUUCGAAGAGUGUUCCACCGAUCAAGAAGAUGAGCUGCGAGGUUCAUCAACGGCUGGUGAUGAUGAGGGUUCUGCGGCAACAGUGAGCGCCGCAGUUGCAUUUGAUGUGGCUGAUGAACCGGAAAUUGCCUCCAUUUCAUACGAUGCGGGACUCUCGGUGUCUGCAUCAUUGGCCUCAACAUCUGCGUCAAAAGAACUGAACAAAAGUCCGAUCCCUGCCCGCAACACACAAAAGUUUGUGUCACAGUUUGCCGAUUUGCAUCUUACUGGAGGAUGUUUGAUGAAAUCAGCUGAAGGAAUCGCUGCAGUUGCAGGUGGAUCGUCGUUGACGCAGGAACAGCAAGCGAAAAACCUGAGCUCGUUUAAGCCACAGGUGAAAGUUAAACCACAGAUUCUGAAGAAACCACAGGUUCUGCCACCGCAAACACCGGAAAUGCAACGUCGCAACGCCGACUAGAAGUGGGGGUUGUUCUCUCGUUCGAACACAUUCAACAUGUAAUCAUGUUCGUAUGUGUAGAAGGCGAAGAGAGCAGUACGCAAAAAUUCCACUCCGUAAUUUCUGCAUCGCAUCCGAUUCUCAAACUAAGUCACCGCGAACCAAAUGACUAGCGAGGAAACCAAUAUAUUUAUCCGUAAUUCUGGCUGUUGUGGCAUCAGAAAAGGAGUUUUUAAGGCGGAGGUAACAACAGAAGGAAAGAAAGAAGUAAAAAAAGAGCGAGUGGAUGCCAAUUGUGAACCACAAACCAAUAUUAAUUUCACUCAUUUUCGCACAAAAACCAAACCGAGCGAGUCAAUAAAUGGUCGGCUCGAUAAUGGUCAUUAAAAACAGUUAAUUAUUGCGUUACCAAUGACAGAUCGAACAACAAUCGAGCGUCAGGAGGAAUGCAGUUGUAGCGCUCGCUAUGCCUGUGGAUGGAGGAAAAACACCAAUAUUUCGAAUAUACAAAAUGAUAAUUGAGCGAAACGUUAAUGACUAAGACUGGAUCGGUACAAUAUGCAAUACUCGUAAACAAGCUAAAAGGAGAAGAUAAAAAUUAAACGUUAGACGCAUUAGCAGAAACUGUUAGGAAGGAUUAGCGCGUAGGAAUAGCAAGUAGAGGAUAUUGGCUGACUAUGGGGUUGAAAUUGAACUGAUUGGGUGCUGAAUGGAGGGGAAAAAAAGUAGGCAUCAAAUACUGUGGACCACACUGGCAGUGGUGCCUAUUUUUUAAAGUCGGUUCCGUUGCAAUUUGUUGCUUAAGUUGUGAUUUGCGUUAUAAUUGCAUACAACGAAACGAAAAAAAAAUGAAAAACACUUGUAAGGUUUUGUGAGAACAUGAAGAUGGGUUGUGGUUUUAUUUGCUGCAUUCUAAAUCGGACUGUGUUUUAAUGGUGCCGUAUGUAAAUCCGGCCAAUUUGGUUACACUAGAGUUGUGGGAAUGCGUGUAACCCAUGCUGUACAACAUGUAGCUGUCCUGGGGGAGAAAUCUGUAGAGGAUUAUAUAAGCAAAUCUUAGUGUAUUAUAAAUCACUAGACUCUUUUAGCAUGGCAAAUACACUGGAAGUGAAGGGAGCAAAAGAAAAAAACAUACAAAAUUUCGAAGAUAUUCAAAUCUGUGUGAGCCUUUUGAAUGCCUGCAUGUCUCUUCCAGUUACAAAUUAGAGAACAUUGUGAAAGAGAAAUCAAUGGAAACAGGACAGGGAAAGCAACGUUAAUCUUAGAACAAUGUAAAAUAUGAUCCAGCGCUCCUACAAUAUUUGACUGACUAAAGCACACGUGACGCUGUAUUUUGGCUAACGAAAAUCAUGAGUACGAAAACAUUUUGUUUUGCAUAUUUAUAGCAAUCGAGACCAUUGCUUCCCAUUAUUUGCCCAGCAAAUAGCAGUGACUAGUGGUCUCGUUACCGAAGAUCCAGAAGGUAUACGUAUUUUUUGUUGUAUCCUUACGUGUUAUCUGCUUUGCCGUCUAGAACGUCUCGCAAAUCGACCGUCUUGUCACGAUAGAAUAUUGGUUAUUGAGCGGGCAAUCACAUUGCCAUACCGUAAUGCUGGCAAAAAAAGCAUCCUCUAAUACUAUCUGCAAAUCGUCGUAUGUAGAUUUAUUCUAACCGUUAGGACAUCUGUCACAUAACACGCAUUCUCUUUGUCGUUCUUCUGAUAAUAGUCGCGAGAGAACAAGCAAAAGCAACAGAGCACAAAAGCUGAACUCAUAUGAAAAAAAAAUCAUUUGCUAUAUCCAGUAAAAGAAGCCCGUUUACUCAUGAUUUAGCCUGUAAGAUAUUUCGAAUAGUUUACCGCCAGUUAAGGGACUCUUCUCAGCUCUUAUCCCAGUGCGAGGCAUGCAGAGAGUUUGGUGAACUAGACUGGUUAGCCGGAUGUCCGCAGGAUACGGCUCAAAUCUGCGGUAUUUGGCUAUCUUGUAUUCAAAGUUUCGAAUAGGUCAUCGUUUGUUUUGACAUGUUCUUAUUCUUUCUGGUAAAGAUCCAGUCGAUAGGGUGUUGAUGGUAUCCUUACACGACUUCUUCGCAUACGAUUGAGCUGUACUAAACGUAUGCAAAACAGGGGUUAGUUUGUAUCCUCUUUUCGUCUAUUUUAUCGUGCAUUCGUUUCACCCUCUAUUGGAGUACAGAUGCAAUGCAUCAAAUCAAGCAGGUCAAACAGCAUGAAUGUAACUUUUCGCGGCAGAUGCGGCGUAGGUAUAGGAAUUGCAUUCUUCAAACGUUUCUUUAUACGAUGCUCUAAGAGUAGGUUGAUGAGUUAAUAGUAUGCUAAUAAGUGAUGAUGAGCACAAAGCAGGUAGAAAUAUUGGGUUGGUAAACAAAAUCUAGCUGCAACUUAUCAAACUA